AUGGAUCUCGGGACUUUGGAGGGCAAACUUCGGCCAUUCGACUGUGAUGCUUUAUUGAGAGGACUACGAAACUGCGGCGGACUUGCGUUUGAGCUGCUCCGGUCGGAUAUCUGGCGUUUGGAGUAUGGACUACGGGACUUCUGUUGGGAUAUGGGCCAAGGGACCUCGCGGACUGACCAGGGGACUUCGGUUAGCGGACUGCGGGACCUUGACGAGAGGACCCGAAGGAUUCGGCGGGCGGACUGCGUGGUGUCGGCAGCGGAACUUCGGCGAGAGGACUGCGGAACUUCGACGUGCCGACUGCGGAGACGAGAGGAUCUGGGAGGAUUCGGCGGGCGGACGGAACACGGGACUUGGUUGGCGGACUUGACCACAGGGCAGGUUGGCGGGCAUACCACGGGACUUCGGUCGGCGCUUUUGCCACGUGACUUCGGUCGGCUAGACGAGAGGAUCUGGGAGGAUUCGGCGGGUCUGGGCCGCGGGACCUCGGUCGGCGGAUUGCGUGACCUUGACGAGAGGACCCGAAGGAUUCGGCGGGCGGACUGCGUGGUGUCGGCAGCGGAACUUCGGCGAGAGGACUGCGGAACUUCGACGUGCCGACUGCGGAGACGAGAGGAUCUGGGAGGAUUCGGCGGGUGGACGGAACACGGGACUUGGUUGGCGGACUUGACCACAGGGCAGGUUGGCGGGCAUACCACGGGACUUCGGUCGGCGCUUUUGCCACGUGACUUCGGUCGGCUAGACGAGAGGAUCUGGGAGGAUUCGGCGGGUGGGCCGCGGGACCUCGGUCGGCGGAUUGCGUGACCUUGACGAGAGGACCCGAAGGAUUCGGCGGGCGGACUGCGUGGUGUCGGCAGCGGAACUUCGGCGAGAGGACUGCGGAACUUCGACGUGCCGACUGCGGAGACGAGAGGAUCUGGGAGGAUUCGGCGGGUGGACUUCGGCGGGCGGACGGAACACGGGACUUGGUUGGCGGACUUGACCACAGGGCAGGUUGGCGGGCAUACCACGAGACUUCGGUCGGCGCUUUUGCCACGUGACUUCGGUCGGCUAGACGAGAGGAUCUGGGAGGAUUCGGCGGGUGGGCCGCGGGACCUCGGUCGGCGGAUUGCGUGACCUUGACGAGAGGACCCGAAGGAUUCGGCGGGCGGACUGCGUGGUGUCGGCAGCGGAACUUCGGCGAGAGGACUGCGGAACUUCGACGUGCCGACUGCGGAGACGAGAGGAUCUGGGAGGAUUAGGCGGGUGGACUUCGGCGGGCGGACGGAACACGGGACUUGGUUGGCGGACUUGACCACAGGGCAGGUUGGCGGGCAUACCACGAGACUUCGGUCGGCGCUUUUGCCACGUGACUUCGGUCGGCUAGACGAGAGGAUCUGCGAGGAUUCGGCGGGCGGACUGCGGUACUUCGACGUGCGAACUGCGUGGUGUCGGCGGAUUUUACCACAGGACAGGUUGGCGGGCUUACCACGAGAAUUCGGGCGGCGGAUUUGCCACGGGACUUUGGUCGGCUGGACGAGCAGAUCUGGGAGGAUUCGGCGGGCGGACUGCGGGACUUCGA